GCAGUCCGCGCCGGGGGCUUCUGGGAAACGGCUUGUGAGCGGCGUUUCUGCGUCUGCUUUGGACAGCGAAGCUGCUGCGGAUCCUGAGGUGGAGGAGUGCCUGUGAAGAAAACAGAGUAUUUCCCUGAGACCUGUAUCCUGCCUUGAUUGACUUUUCUUGGAAGUAUUAUAAAUCAGGAUGUCUGCACAGUCCGUGGAAGAAGAUUCAAUACUUAUAAUCCCAACUCCAGAUGAAGAGGAAAAAAUUCUGAGAGUGAAGUUGGAGGAGGAUCCUGAUGGUGAAGAGGGAUCAAGCAUCCCUUGGAACCAUCUUCCUGAUCCAGAGGUUUUCCGACAGCGAUUCAGGCAGUUUGGAUACCAGGAUUCACCUGGGCCCCGUGAAGCUGUGAGUCAGCUUCGAGAACUUUGCCGUCUAUGGCUCAGGCCAGAGACACACACAAAAGAACAAAUUUUGGAGCUGGUAGUGCUGGAGCAGUUUGUUGCCAUCCUACCCAAGGAAUUGCAGACUUGGGUUCGAGAGCAUCAUCCAGAGAAUGGAGAGGAGGCAGUGACAGUGCUGGAGGAUUUAGAGAGUGAGCUCGAUGACCCUGGACAGCCGGUGUCUCUCCGUCGACGAAAACGGGAAGUUCUGGUAGAGGAGAUAGUUUCUCAAGAAGAAGCUCAGGGAUUACCAAAUUCUGAGCUUGAUGCUGUGGAGAACCAGCUCAAGUGGGCAUCCUGGGAGCUCCAUUCCCUAAGGCACUGUGACGAUGAUGGUAGGACUGAAAACGGAGCACUAGCUCCAAAGCAGGAGAUUCCUUCAGCAGUAGAAUCUCAUGAAGUUCCUGGCACUCUCAAUAUAGGUGUUCCUCAAAUUUUUAAGUAUGGAGAAGCCUGUUUCCCCAAGGGCAGAUUUGAAAGAAAGAGAAAUCCCUCUCGAAAGAAACAACAUAUAUGUGAUGAAUGUGGAAAACACUUCAGUCAGGGCUCAGCCCUCAUUCUUCAUCAAAGAAUCCACAGUGGGGAGAAACCCUAUGGAUGUGUUGAAUGUGGGAAAGCAUUCAGCAGAAGUUCUAUCCUUGUGCAACAUCAGAGAGUCCAUACUGGAGAAAAACCUUACAAAUGUCUUGAAUGUGGAAAAGCCUUUAGCCAGAAUUCUGGGCUCAUUAAUCAUCAGAGAAUCCAUACUGGGGAGAAACCUUAUGAAUGCGUUCAGUGUGGGAAAUCUUAUAGUCAAAGCUCAAAUCUUUUUAGACAUCAGCGAAGACACAAUGCAGAGAAACUUCUGAAUGUUGUGAAAGUUUAAGAAAUUACAAAAAAAAAUCAGCACUCAGGUCUUUUUCUUCAGAAAUGAAGACAAAAUUAAAAACAUGAAAUGAUACAUAAUAGUUUUAUUUCCCUAUAUAGACUGUUAGAAAAUCCACUGGGAAAUGUAGAAAAUUUUCACCCACUAUUAUUUUAUCUUGAAAGAAACAAUGUCAUACCUGCCUAGAAACUGAAAUUUUAAACUUAAUUCAGGUGUUAAUUCCUAAAUCUUCCAUGUGAUGUUUAUAUUCUUAUUAUUUUUCCAAAUAAUGAACUCUACCUGAUUCUUUGUCCCUUAAAAGUUUCCUUUUUAGACAGACAUUAUUUCUGUGUUGAUCAUUAAAAUGUUCUUUGCAAGAAUACAUUCCCUUCUACAUUAAAAGGCUACAUAGGAAUUAUAAAAUCUGAAAACUG